CAGACAACCCAUAUUCAGCAGGGUCCAAGUCCAAGCCUUUGCAUUUCCUCAAACCGAUCAAUUCAAAAAUCUCAAACUGAAACAUAAAUUUGAUCAGAUUCUCCUACAAACUUCUUGACAUACAAUGCCUGGAAACAUCCUGGUUUCAGUUCGGGAAUUCUUCGGGCUUCCAUCGUCGUCACCUUCUUCACCUAUAUCCUUAAAAGUUUCCAUGGGGAAAAUAGAGUACCAAACUUCAGAUAAGGAAGAGUUCUCUUUUUGUUCUGAUUUUCACAGCCCAUUAACAACCCUCCGAGACAACUUGAUUGUUGCACUUUUGGAUGCUGAUGGGAAAGAAAUAUCACGUGCAGGGGUUGAGACCAAGUCUAUAGUGGAGAGAGGUCUUUGGGAUGACCUUUUUCUCCUAGAAGGAGGUGGUCACGUGCAGAUGAAGUUGCAGUUUGUCCUCAAUGAAGACGAGCGCAACCGAAUUCGAAUGAUGAGAGAAUCGGCUUUGAAAAUGAAACAUGAUGAGCUUCUCAAGCGUAGUAUUCAUAGUCCUAAGAGUGAUACUACUGCUGGUGGUAAUGUUGCAUUGUCUUUGGACUUAAGCAAUGAGGCCUCAGCAGUAAGUGUCAAAGAGGAAGCCUCCAAAGCUUGUUUGGUAUCAAAUCCUAUUAAUUUCAGCGAGGUUGAAAAAUCUGGUUCUGAGAGCAUAAAAGGAAUACAUCCUGAUCAGAAUCAAUCAACCUCAAAUGAUGCAGAUCAAUAUGAAGAGUUGUUAUUGGCAAUGCCUGCAUCACAAGGAGUUGAUGUCCAUCUUAUUGAAGUAAGUCACAGGGAAACAAUGGAGGAGAAUGAGAGUAGGACACUUCCUGCUGAAUUUCCUACAAGAGCCAUUUGUUCCGUUGGAGUGCUUUCUGUAGAAUCAGGAUUAGAUGUUGCUGCCACAAGCAAUUCAAUAUCUCAUGAUCUGGAAGAAACUAUGGCUCAUAGCCAUCAGAAGCAGACUCAGCCUGGGAAAACCCGUAGCAACGUAAGGAAAAUGAUAAGUGCCUUUGAAGGCAGUCUAUCUCAGGAUAUGUGGUCUCAAGUGAAGCCACCACCAACAGAAUUUCAGUCAAGUAAGUCUAUAACAGAAGCUCCUUUAAAAAGUCAGCACUUAAAUAAAGCAAAGACAAGAAUUACUAAAGCAGAAGACUCAAUACCAGGAAGACCAACUAAUCCUUUUCUUGCAGAGGAGUUGAAACAUGGCCCAACCUAUUUCAGGAAAAGAGAAGAACAAAUUAGCUUACUUGGACAUAAAUCAUCUCAGGACAGUUGCCAACUGGAAGAGUUGAACAAUGACAAAUUUCAGAUUAUUGGAACAAUGCCAAGUCUUGAGAAUAAAUUCAAGGCAGUGAAUAAAGAAGUAGAUAAAGAGGAAGAGAAAUGUCAUCAAGAUUUGAUGCAAGCAUCGACAUUUGAAACACCUACAGUAUCAGGGAGGAUGCUUGAUGAGCAUUCAGGUAGACACCCUCAUAAUUUGUUUAUUGAUAAGCAAGAUUCUUGUUCCAAUCCAGUCAUAGAGGAGAGUAGAAGGGGAAUUCAAACUAAAAAUGUUCAAAACAUGGAUGUUGAAGGAGCUUCAAGACAUAGAUUGGAAUCAGUAGAAUAUAAUGUAAAUAAGCAUUCCUUAUUCGAAAGCUCUGGUGUCUGGAUAUUUCCAGUUGAAGCAAGACGCUUGUGUGUAACGACUGGGGGUACAAAAAUGAUAGAUCUAAUGGGUGGUUACAGUAUGGAGCCGGAGGUCCAUCAAGGGAAGUUAAAUCUCUCUACGAGAGACAAUGUGGAAGAGCAUAGUGUGGAUGCUGGAAUUGCUGUUAAGGUGAAUAAAGAUGAGAAGACUUGCCACGAAAUAAGGAACUCAAAACAUGAAAGAUCAGAGAAUACUGAGACUUCUGGAGGACUGGUGGGACAGGUAGUAAAAGUUGCAAUCAUGAUAGGAUUUGGAUUGCUUGUUCUUCUUACCAGACAAAAGAAUAACAGGAACUGCAGAUAAAAGUUUCCGUUGAUCAAUCUUUCAUCAUCAUGCCAAGGAACUUUCUUGUAUCCACAAAAUGUUUUCCCCAGUUCUUUUCUCUAGUUAGUUUUGAUUGGAAGUAAAUAUGGAGAAAGCAUGCCCAAAUUUCAUUUCUAAAGAGGAUGCGGAUGUGCUGUUCUCCGAUCCAGAUGUAAAUCCAUCAAGGUAAAUAUCAUUUCUAAAGAAAAAUUUUAUUAAGCCUAGAUGACCACUUCCAUGUUUAAAUGGACAGAAAUGCACCUUUUAUGUUGAGCAACAGGUAUGUGAUUCUGAUUUAAGGACCUCAUAAGGAACCAGAAAUAAGCCAUGACAGCAGUGGCAAUUUCUUGCAAGAUAUCUUGACAAAGACAAUUGUAAUAAAUUAGUACUUGUGGCCUUUCCAUGGAGUCAUUGAAUAUUGUUGAACCCAA